CGGAGAGCAGCCCCUCAUCAUCGGGGAGGAUGCGAUUUCCACCUGGAGAUUCCUGCACUGACUUAAAAUGGCAGAGGGAUCAAAGGUUUUCAAGAAGACCAGCCCCAACAGCAAGCUUUCCCUCUACCUGGGGAAGAGAGACUAUGUGGAUAAUGUGGAUUCAGUGGAAUCUGUAGAUGGUGUCUGCCUGAUCGACCCUGAGUACCUAAAGGACAGGAAAGUGUAUGUGACGCUGACCUGCGCCUUCCGCUACGGCCGCGAUGACCUCGACGUGAUCGGCCUGACCUUCAGGAAGGACAUCUACGUGCUGACCACCCAGCUGUACCCUCCUGUGCCAGACCAGGCCCCCAAAACCCUCACUCCUCUGCAGGAGAAGCUGAUGAAGAAGCUCGGGGAGAACGCCUACCCCUUCACCUUCGAGAUUGCCACCAACCUGCCCUGCUCCAUCACCCUCCAGCCAGGGCCAGAUGAUGUGGGAAAGGCCUGUGGUGUGGACUUUGAGGUCAAAGGAUUUUGUGCUGAAAAUCUGGAGGAGAAAAUUCACAAGAGGAACUCCGUGCGCCUCAUCAUCCGCAAGGUCCAGUUCGCCCCGGCGCAGACGGGGCCAGCCCCAAAAGCCGAGACCACCCGGCAGUUCAUGAUGUCAGACAAACCUCUGCACCUCGAAGCUUCCCUGGACAAGGAGAUCUACUACCACGGAGACCCCAUCAAUGUGACCGUCAACAUCAACAACACCACCAACAAGGUUGUGAAAAAAAUUAAGAUCUCAGUGGAUCAGAUCACAGACGUGGUCCUGUAUUCCCUGGAUAAAUACACGAAGACUGUGUGCAGCGAGGAGAUCAAUGAAACUGUGGCUGCCAAUUCCACCUUCACCAAAACAUACUCAGUGACCCCUCUGCUCUCAUCAAACCGCCAGAAGCGAGGCCUCGCUCUCGAUGGCAAACUCAAGCAUGAGGACACCAACCUGGCCUCCACUACAAUCCUGAGACCUGGCAUGGACAAGGAGGUGCUGGGCAUCCUGGUGUCCUACAAAGUGAAGGUCAACCUGGUGGUGUCCCGAGGAGGCAUCCUGGGGGAUCUCACUGCCAGUGAUGUUGGGGUGGAGAUGCCCGUCAUCCUCAUGCACCCGAAGCCUGAUGACUCUAAGCCAAGGAGCGAGGAGGACAUUGUCAUCGAGGAAUUUGCUCGCCAGAAGCUCAAGGGAGAAAAGGAUGAUGAAGAUGAGAAGGAGGAACCUGAGAAAGAGGAGAGCUAA